AUGCGGCUUCGUUCCUUCUUGCUGCGAUACUACCCUCCGGGAAUAACGUUGGAAUAUGAGACCUCCGUUGGGGAGGUGGGCGAGAAGCAUAUAGAUUUACUCACGCUGACGCCAAACACCAAUCUAGAACUCUUGGCCGCAGAAAUAAUCAAGGAGGAGCCCCUGCUCUCCAUGAAUCUUCUGCCGCAGAUUGUCACGUAUCUGCAACGCCUGGUGGACAAACUUCGUGCGGGUUACAACAACAACCAAACGUUUUACCUCUUCAAGACUCUCCGAGCGCACAUGCUGCCACUGACCAACUGUGCCUUCAAUAAAGGCGGUGAUUCUUUCAUCACAGGAAGUUAUGACCGCACCUGUAAGGUAUGGGACACGGCCACGGGCAAUGAAAUUGUUUCUCUUGAGGGACAUCGAAACGUUGUUUACUCUGUUUCGUUCAACAACCCGUACGGCAACCGAGUAGCCACAGGGAGUUUCGACAAAACAUGUAAGAUAUGGGAUGCACGGACAGCUCAGUGCUACUGCACGCUGGCGGGACACAUGGCGGAAAUUGUGUGCAUGAGUUUCAACCCCCAGAGCACACACUUGUCGUCAGGUUCAAUGGAUUACACGGCAAAGGUGUGGAAUGUUGAAACAGGGCAAGAAUUGUACACACUACUCGGCCACACCGCAGAAAUCGUCUCACUAAAUUUUAACACGAAUGGGGAUCUCAUUCUCACUGGUAGUUUCGACACCACUGCGAAGUUGUGGGAUGUGCGGACGGGAAAAUGCGUACACACAUUGAGCUCCCAUCGAGCGGAGAUUUCCUCCACGCAAUUUAACUUUGCUGGGAACCUCUGCGUCACAGGAUGCAUUGACCGCACGAGUAAGUUGUGGGAUGUAGGCAGUGGACAGUGUGUUUCAACGCUGCGUGGGCACACGGAUGAAAUUCUUGACGUUGCUUUCAGCACAUCGGGAUCCCAAAUUGUAACGGCUAGUGCAGAUGCAACGGCGCGUGUAUACGACACGGCGACAUUUAACUGCGUCGCAAGUCUGGUGGGGCACGAAGGGGAGAUUUCGAAGGUUCAAUUCAACCCACAAGGCACAAAAAUUAUUUCGGCUGCAAAUGACAAGACGUGUCGAGUGUGGAGCGUGGAAACGGGGCAGAAUUUACAAACGCUUACGGGGCAUAAUGAUGAGAUAUUUUCGUGUGCUUUCAACUAUGAGGGAGACACAAUAUUAACGGGAUCGAAGGAUAAUACGUGUGGUAUAUGGAAAAGUUGA